AGAAGGAGCAGACAUUGUUUACAGACACAAUGGACACGCUUUACCUUUAGCCUUAGUUUGGAAUAGUCACGUUAAACAUAACAGGUAAUGAAUAAAAUACAGCUUAAUGUGCUAAGUUUGCACGGGAGUCUUGAGCACGGAGGAUCUGCAGAAAACGAUUCCACUCAUCUGCUGGCCUUCCUGGAUGCUGAUCUGCAGACGGACUUCACAGACCUUUAGAGCUCUGAGCACGUUUCUGGGGCAGCAUUUAGCUUCUCUGUCCUUCCAAACCUGCGCUCAGUCUCUCCAUGCUUUAGCUUCACCUCCGCAUUUCACUCGUUUUACAUCAGCCCCAAAUCCCAUCCGCCUCUCCUCCCUCUCCCUUUACCGCUUCCCCUCCCCGUCCCCCCACCGGCCCCUCUACAGUCCAGCCAAUAUGUCGGAGCAGAGGUUCAUUGUGGAGUACGCCAAGCGCGGGACUGCGGGCUGCAAGAAGUGCAAAGACAAAAUUGCCAAGGGGGUGGUGCGCAUCGGGAAGAUCGUGCCAAACCCAUUCAGCGAGUCAGCGGGUGAGAUGAAGGAGUGGUACCAUGUCAAAUGUAUCUUUGAGAAACUGGAGAGGGCCCGGGCCACCACUAAGAAGAUCGAGGACAUCACCGACCUGGAGGGCUGGGAGGAGCUGCAGGACGAAGACAAGGAACUCAUCAACAAACACGUCACAGAACUGAUGGCAAAAAUCAAUGCCAGUCCAAAGAAGAAGGUCCAGGCCAAGCUGAACACCAGUGGUCAGCUCACUUCGCCCCCACCUGGUGACCCGUCCACCAACGCCCCACGCAAAUUCUCCGGCUUCACAGCAGCCAAAGCGAGCCCCUCGUCCGGCAGCCUGGGACCCUCUAGCUCCACCCCCUCAGCUCAGGGUAGUGCUCUGUCCAGCCAGCUGUGUGACCCCUCCCACAAGGACUGCCUCCUCAGAGAGUUCCGCAAACUGUGUGCUCUUGUGGCCGAGAACGCAAGCUACAACACCAAGACACAGAUCAUCCAGAAGUUCCUGAAGAAGGGGUCCGGAGGAGAUAAGUUCCAUGGAGACCUGUUCCUAACUGUGAAACUGCUGCUGCCUGGAGUGGUGAAGAGUGUGUACAACCUCAACGACAAACAGAUCGUCAAACUCUUUAGCCGCAUCUUCAGGUGUAACCAGGAUGAGAUGGUGCGCGAUCUGGAACAGGGGGAUGUGUCGGAGACUGUGAGGAUGUUCUUUGAGGAUAGUAAGUCCUUUCCUCCUGCUGCCAAAAGCCUGCUAACACUCCAGGAAGUUGACUCCUCCCUGACCCGACUGGCCCAACUCACCAAGGAGGAUGAGCAGCAGAGCGAGCUGGAGGACAUUGCCAAAAAAUGCACAAGCAAUGACUUGAAAUGCAUUAUUCGUCUGAUCAAACAUGAUCUGAAGAUGAAUGCUGGAGCGAAACACGUUCUGGAUGCUGUGGACCCAAACGCGUAUGAUGCAUUCAAAGCCUCAAGGAACCUGGGAGACGUGAUUGAGCGGGUGCUGAGGAACCAGCAGGAGGCGUCAAAUGGCUCGGGCCCCAGGAAGCUGCUGACGAUAGAGGCAUCGCUCAUGACCCCAGUGCAGCCCAUGCUGGCGGAGGCGUGUAAGUCUGUGGAGUACGCCAUGAAAAAGUGUCCUAACGGCAUGUACUCAGAGAUCAAGUAUGACGGGGAGAGGGUCCAGGUGCACAAGAGUGGAGACAGUUUCAGCUACUUCAGCCGCAGCCUCAAGCCUGUCCUGCCUCACAAGGUGGCCCAUUUCAAAGACUACAUCCCAAAAGCUUUCCCUGGUGGUCACAGUAUGAUCCUGGAUGCAGAGGUGUUGCUGAUUGACACCAAGACCAGCAAGCCCCUGCCCUUUGGCACCUUAGGAGUUCAUAAGAAAGCUGCCUUUCAGGAUGCUAACGUGUGCCUAUUUGUGUUUGACUGUAUCUACUUCAAUGGAGUGAGCCUCAUGGAGAGGCCUCUGUGUGAACGUAGGAAGUUCCUCCAUGACAACAUGGUGGAAGUGCCCAACAGAAUCCUCUUCUCUGAGAUGAAGCACGUCACAAGGGCAGCAGACCUGGCUGAUAUGAUCACAAGAGUCAUCAGAGAGGGACUGGAGGGGCUGGUGCUCAAAGACGUUAAGGGCAAUUAUGAGCCUGGGAAGCGUCACUGGCUGAAGGUGAAGAAGGACUACCUAAAUGAAGGCGCCAUGGCUGACACUGCUGACCUCGUGGUACUGGGGGCCUUCUAUGGAAAGGGUGCCAAUGGGGGCAUCAUGUCCAGUUUCCUGAUGGGCUGCUUGGACCCAGACUCAGGGAAGUGGUGCACAGUGACGAAAUGCUCUGGAGGUUACGACGAUGCCAUGUUGGCUCGGCUGCAGAAGGAGCUGGACGUGGUCAAGAUUAGCAAGGAUCCCAGUAAGAUCCCCGGUUGGUUGAAGAUAGUGAAGAAUUACUAUCCUGACUUUAUCAUCCGAGACCCUAAGAGUGCUCCGGUGUGGGAGAUCACUGGAGCAGAGUUCUCGAAGUCUGAGAUGCACACAGCUGACGGCAUCUCCAUCCGCUUCCCCCGUAUGACCCGCGUCCGAGACGACAAGGACUGGGAGAGCGCCACCAACCUGCACCAGCUUCGGGAGCUGUUCCGCAUCUCCAAAGAGAACAAUGACUUCCAGGUGAGUGCGGGGCCCUCAGGAGCCAAAGAAGAGAGAAGCUCUUCAGGAGGAGACUCUCCACCGCCCCCAGCCCCGCCCCCGGCUCUGCCCUCUGCUGCAUCAAAGAAGAAGAGCACCAGUACUCCCAAAGUAGGUGCCAGUACUCCCAAAGCAAAGGCAGUGAAGUCAGAGCCUCGUACCCCAGACUCAGAGGCCGGGAGUGCUAAGAAGGUGAAGAAAUGUGAGGUGCACACAAAUGGACAGAGCCAUCACAGAAGCAGCGCUCAGCUGUUGGAGCCCUCCAAGGACAAGACUCUCCUGGACAUCUUCAGCGGAGUGAAGCUCUACCUGCCCUCCUCGCUGCAGGAUUUCCACACCCUCAGGAGGUACUUUGUGGCCUACGAUGGAGACCUGGUCCCAGACUACGCCUCAUCUUCAGCCACCCACAGCAUGGGUGAGGUGGAGGAGGACAGCCAGGUGCAGAGGGUGUCCGCACACUGGCUCUGGGAGUGCAUCCGCAAGAGGCGCCUAGUCCCUGCCUGUUGAGACACCCACACUGUCUACCUCACAGUAAACACACUGCUAUGCCCCGGACUCAACGCUCUCACAUCACCACAGGCAGCUUUGGAGACAAUAGAGAAUAAUUUAAUUUACAACAUAUUUUGGAACCUCUGUAAAGCAGUUACUUAAAUUUUAGGAUUUAAAUGUUUUUGAACUAAAAAUAAUCUCAUAAGUUGAAACAUAUCUUGGAAGCCUCUGUCGUGCCUUUAAACUCUUUAUUAGGUGUGGGUUAUGGCAAUAAAAAUUAAAAAAAAUGAAUGGUGAAAUUUACACCUUCUUAAGAGGUGUAAUUUGGGAACAUGAAUGAAUUUCCCCCCAAUCAAAAUGUAAACACAUGGACAAGAAAUCUCGCAAGUACGUGUCACGAUAAUUACUAUCAACUAUUUAUCCCUAAAAACUACACCUUAAUUAGUCUUAAUCAAGCAUGAACAAUGACUUUGUUUAGGCUUAAUUAAGAGGUCAGGGAAUGGAGGAAUCAUUCUCAAUUAACAAUUUGUUCAUUAUGGUAUCUUUGUAAUAACUACACUUUUAACAGUGUUAAUGUGUACAGUAUGAACAAAGUGUCACCAUGUUUUUUUUGCAUUCUUAAAAUUCACUUUAAAUUUUGGUCGUUAUUCGUAAAGGCAGGUUAGCAUUGCUCUAUUUAUUGAAUAUGAGGUGAUUUGGGGAACACUAACUGAUACUUUCCAUUCUUACAUUUCAAUGUGUUCAGUCAUUUCACACUUGCUUCAGAAGACCAAAAUAUGUAGUGAUGUGAGUAAAAGUUUUCCCAGAUUAUGAAAUGAUGCUAUGGGCUUGAUGACAAACUUGAUACUUUAGUGUUCAAAGUAGUUUUUUUAGUUUUUUUUUUUUUUUACAAAUAAAAAAAAAAGUCAUGUCAUGACUCAGAUUAAAGUGUUAAACUU